CUUAUAGCCAACUCAGCGUCACGUUCUUUCGCAAACCGGACCACACCACAAUCUUGUCCGCGGAUUUCAGCGAAUUUCACUUCACCGCAUGAUCGGAAUUCGUCUCUCAAUGUUUGCCAUGUGCAAUUUGGCGGCAACUACAAUUUGGAGAAGAAAUGAACAAAGUUAGUGCAUCAAUUUAAACGGAGAUUGCUGCAAUUUUCAUAAGUUCAUGAACAAAUUGAAACCAUUUGUCCAUUUUUCAAUGAGUUUAGCACUUACAUUUCGGAUUAAGAUUGUGUCUGAGAUGUUUUGCGAUCGAACGUUGCCACCAAUGUUUGAAUUGUUCGAGCCUGCACCGUUACCGAGCUGGGAAGAGCUGAAGUUUUGCGUUGACAACCGUCCAAAGUCAUCGGAUUGCGAAUUGUAAUUGCGAACCGAGCCGAUAUCGAAAUCACGAUUUGACACAAAGCCGCUGUUUGCAUUCGAACCAAGACCACUGCCCAGAUUUGAAGACAUACUGUUGAAUGUGUUGCUGCUGUAUGGGUUUGAAAGUGAGUUUUCUAGACGAUUCGACUGAUUUAGGCCACUGCCAAUACCGCUGAGACCUGAAAAGUUUCCACUGCCACCGCCGCCAACCACACUAUUUAAGCCGGCAUUGGCCGAUGACGAGCCAGCUCCAACGAUUUUAUUGAUGUCAAGUGCGGCGGCAUUUGACGAAUCAUUUGUAUUAGUAGCAAGUGAACUGAGGCCCAAGGUCGACAACAAGGGAUUCAAAUUAUUCAAAUUGCCAACGACAUUGUUCAAUGCAGCCAAGUUACUCAUUGAAUUUUGUGUUUGAUUCAAAACGCUUGCAGCAGAUGAAAACGAUGGUGGUGGUGCAACUGGAACGGGUGCAUUCGAAUUAUUUGAACUGACGCCAAGAUUGUUCUGAUUUUGAAGACUUGGCAAAUUCAAUGCAACAUUACGCAAUGGUUCACCAUUUGGACCCAAACCCAUACCUAACGAGAGAGAGAGAUAGAGAGUAGAAGAAGAGAAAGAGAGAAGGCGCGCAUCGGAAACGAAACGCAAAACAAAAUCAAAACAAUGCACUCAAUGUUUGGCCCAAUUUUUGGUAAGUGUAUGUGUCUAUCUGUGUAAUGUCACUUUAUCAGAGAAUAAAGAGAGGAGGGAAAUGAACAAGUGUUGUGUAUAUGAGACAUACCGAGGCCACCUAAACCGUCGGGCAAUUUUUCUUUCGUAAUUUUAUCCAUGCGAACAGUCAUGCGACGAUCGAAGAGUAGUUGGUGAUCAAGCAUUGAAAUUGCUUGGACCGCUUCAACCGGAUGCUGGUAUUCAACGACAGCGAAACCUCGACUGUUACCAUCUUUAUCAACCGACAAUUCGACAUCCAUUACGCAUCCGGCUAAUUUAAAAACUUGUUUCAAUUUCUUUGCAUCAACCUUGUAGUCCAACUGAAAUGAAAAGAGAAAGAGAAAUCGCGUUUGCAAUCCGUUGUAAUCAAUAAAACACACGAAACACCCGACUAUUUUUCAUAAACUGCAUUAAAAUCGACUUAAAUCUCGAUUAGAUUCAUUGAGAUCGUCGACGACUUCAGCUAAAAUAACUUAAAAGCUUCGAAUUUGUUUUUAAAACGAUGCCUACAACUAGGAUUUUAUCUAUUUUAAGCAAGGAGUGUGUAGCGUUCAGGAAACUGUACAAACUGGCAAUGAAACGACUGUUUCGUCUAUAGUCAAAUAAAGAGGAAAUAUGCGUCAUGGAACCACAUUUGGAAUGCAUCAAAAUGCAAAGAAAAACUAAUAAAUAAAGUCACUAGGCCAAAGAAAAAACUGAAAACGAAAUAUCGAACUGAUACACAGAUAGUUCGCAGAAACAGCGAGCAAUUUUCACAUCGAAAUUGGCCGAAAUGCGAUAUUCCGAUUCAAAUGAAAGCAACCGAUUGCUGAAUGUCAACACUCUCAACCGACAGAGAAGACAGAGAAAAAGAGAGAAAGAGAAAAAUGAGAUUUUGCGCCCGAACGCCACAUGAACAACAGACGAAUAGACAACUACGCACUGGAAUAGGAGCAAAAAGCACUUAAAACGCUGAAGGAGAGAGAGAGAAAGAACGAAAUCAUACUCACAUUGGCAACAAAGACUUUGGUAUGCAAAGGGCCGACAAUGUUCAAACUAGCUAAGAACGAUGGACUCAAUCCGUAUGUGUUGUAAUCUUGCUGCUGAUCAAAACUAUUAUAGCUACCCGAUCCGCUGUUACCUUUGCCACCAUGGCUGCUAUUGUUGUGCGACCUAAAACAUUACAAACGUGUUUAAAAAAAAAAAUAAAGUAGAAAUUUUGUCAGAUGGGAUUUGCUUUGAGGAAAGUCAAUUUACAAACGAAAAAAAAAUGAAAUAAAUUUCUACAGAAUGUGUCAAAAUAUAGAACGGACGGAGCAAACGAGAAUGUUGAUAAAAACAUUAUGUUGAUAAUAUAAUGAAAUUGAAUGAACCCCAAUCGCGUCGCAGAGGGAAUUAUCAAUUCUUUUUUCACGGUUGAAAAACAUUGAGAGCAAACCGACACAGAAAAGAAUGAAUUGAAAAUAAAUGAAACACUAACAAGUAUCGAGGUGUGUCAUCAUCACGAUCUCGUCCUUGGUUGCGUCGCAUGCCACCACCACCACCACCGCCGCCGCCUCCUCCUCCUCGCGAUGUGUCCAUAUUUUGGCUUCCACGAGCAAUUCGCCCGAAUUUAUCGCGUUCUUCGCCGUGAUCCUCCUUGACAACCAACUCACGCCCAUUCAAAUCAUAACGAUUCAUGACUUCAAGCGCUUUGCCCACAUUCUCCGGAUCUUUAAAUUCAACAAUGCCAACACCGCGCGCUUUACCAUUUUCAUCAGUAAACAUUUCAACGUACUCAACAUUGCCCACCAUUCGCCGGAACAAAUCUUUCAGAUCCUGCCAUCUGUAUUCGUACGGAAUAUUUGAAACGUACACACGUUUGCCAUUGCCACCCAUUUUAUCGCGGCUUCUAUCGCGCGAUUCAUUGUCUUUGUUAUCAGAAAAACGUGUACUGCGCUCCCCUCGUCGGCCGCGGUCUCGUUGCUUUUCAAUAUCACCCAACGAUGAAUUACCGCCGUUCGGACUCUCCAUUGCGUCUCUCAAUGCAACCAACUGAACGCACUUAUUUAAAGAAAAAAAACAACAAUAAGCGGAAAAAAAUCGGCUUGCAAAUGGAUAGUUCAAAAUUCAAUGGACAAAUCCACACACACACACACAAUGCCAACGUUAAACAAAUUUUAGAUUCCCCCGUUUGUGCCCACGCUGAGUUUGAUUUGCAAAUUUUGCAUACAGCGAAAAAGACAAAAGAAAAAUGGCGGCCUAUGGACGAAAAACGAAAUGCUUUUAAGAUGAUUGUGAGUUCUUCUCCACCAAUUGUGGAUGUGCCACGGAGUUUUUUUUCUCGAUCAAAUAACGAAUGCCAAUGAGACGGAUUGCACUUUAAACCAUUGAUCACUUAAUAUUUUACACUCAAUGCAAGCGAAUAUACAAUUUUUUUUUAUUAUCAAUCGCAGAGAAUGUGAUUUAGUCAAAGGAACAACAAACAGAAUUAAAAAACUAAUGGUAAUCAAUGUGCCAACUUGAAGACGUCAAAUGGCAUCACUCAACUCCAGGGUUGACCAAAUGGUUGCAUGUAAACCGGCAAAAUAUGUUGCACAUUUUCAUGAUUUUCGAUGAAGAAAAAAAUGAAAAGAAAAGUGUUCGGUUUUUGAAUUGAAUUAAUUUCAAGUAGAAAUUCAAUUUUAUUUGGAAGUUUCGUGUAGUCUAAACAAUGAAGAAGGUAUUUACUCAGAUAUUGAAUCUCAAACUCACGUGAUAUUGUAUGUGAUGUGAAAAAAACCGGCACGAUGACAGUACGGAUGGUUUAGUAUUGCCAACUUGAUUCGUGCAGCAAUUUAACAUGUUGCGUUCAAUUUUACCGAUUGUGAGAGGGUUUACCUCUACCACAAUUCGAACAAUCCGUCGAGAUGGCAACCGAAAACCGAGAGACAUGGCCGGAGUGCGAAUUCAGCAGAGUAUUCUAAACAAUGUGGACACAUUGGAAGAGGAUCCAGAAAUGACAUAUGAGGCAGAUUUUACGAAACUACACUUAUCGCAUCGUCAGCAUGAAACAGAGAUGGAAUUGCAAAAGGAGCAACUCAAAUACUACACAGUGCGGAGCAAGUAUUUCAAAUCAAAAAAGCAGCCACAAUUUUUGACCUGGGCAGAAAAAGAGCAAAUACGACAUUUGAAUAAAACUAAUCCAGAUGAAUGGACACCGUCGCGGUUGGCCGAAAGUUUCCCAGCCGUUGAAGAAGUAAUCAUUAAGGUGUUGAAAGCCAAUUGGACGCCGGCGAAUUUGGAACGUGUGAAAAAGCACGAUGAAGCGGUCAAACGCAAUUGGAAACAAUUUAAAGCCAACGAAAUGAAAGAUUUAGAUCCCGAAGUGAGUGAGCAUUUGCAAAAAUUCAGCAAUCGUAACUUUGAUAGUACUCAAAAUGCCUACGUACAAACUAAUAUCGAUCAGACCACAUUUCAAUUUCCGAAACCAAAAAGCAACGAAUUUUCACACAUCAUUUCGACGUGUAAAAGAAUUGAUGCAGAUGCAAAUAAAGAAUUGAUUGGUGACAAGCCGAAAUACCAAAUCGAAGAGAAUAAAAUGCAGGAACUAUCAUCUGAUGCACCCGUAUUGAAGUUACCAUAUUCGAUGCGAAAACGUGUGUUAACUUUUGAAGAACUUAAAGCAAAGGCAAAAUCAGGUUAUAGCAAAACACAAGAUGAUGAAGUGCACUUGAGUGUAUCGUUGCUCAAGGAACCAGCCGUAGAAACACAAUCUAAUGUAGUGGAAACACCAGCCAUCGCUGAAAGUCAUGCUAUUGAAACAUUCUCAGCUGAAAUUGACAAAAAUAACGUGGCUGAAAUUGAUACUUAUCCUGACGAAUCGAAAAGCGAUCGCGUUGUAAAUUUAACAUUGGCCGACGUUUCUUCAAGUAAAAAGAUUACAAAGUACGCCUCAAAACCGUUGUCAUCGUUGGCAACAUUUAAAAAAGACGUUUCGAUUCCUUUUCGACGGAAAAUCGAAAUACCACAGCGGCUACAAAAACAUGGCUCUGUUUAUAAGCUAUACGAUUGUUUCUAUGACGACCGAGGUGAAUUCCUGUACAGAGUUCCCGGUCUAAGAAAUUAGCACAUCUUUUUGUUUAUUAAAGUAGAUUGUAAUUGUUACCUUCUGUUGUGAAAUAAAACGACAAAACGCAAACAUAAAA